GGGUUCGCCAUGGCCAUUUCUGAAUCUGGAAAACUCAUUACAUGGGGCUCAACAGAUGAUCUUGGUCAAAGCUAUGUGACGUCUGGGAAGCAUGGGGAAACUCCAGAGCCAUUUCCUCUUCCAACGGAAGCUUCUAUAGUAAAAGCAGCAGCAGGUUGGGCCCAUUGUGCUGCUAUUACAGAUAGAGGUGAAGUUUACACAUGGGGAUGGAAAGAAUGUGUUCCCUCUGGAAAGGUCUUUGGAGAUCUGCCUGUUGGGGCUAGCCUGGAAAAUGAUGUAUUAGAGAGGCAGUCUUCUUCUUUGACGGAUCAAGUUAGUCCUCGUUUACAAGCCGCACGAUCUACUGGUGCUGUUGUUUCCAAUAUUGAAGCUAGAGGUGGUGGAGCAGAAAGUUCGAAGAGGAGAAGGAUUUCAUCAGCAAAGCUUGCAGCUGAGAGUUCGUCAUCAAGUGAUGACACUCUCUCUGCACUUCCCUGUCUUGUAGCUCUUAAUCCUGGGGUAAGAAUAGCCUCUGUUUCUGCAGGAGGGCGUCAUACGCUGGCACUAUCAGUUUCAGAUAUGGGACAGGUCUGGGGUUGGGGCUACGGUGGAGAAGGACAGCUAGGUUUGGGCUCCCGUAUACGUAUGGUUUCCUCUCCACAUCCCAUACCUUGCAUCGAGUCGUCUUCUUUUGGCAAAGAUAGAUCUACAGCUCUUGCUCGAGGAAGUGCGAGCUUAGAGGGUCAAGGGAGUAGAUUUCCUGGAAGCUACGUGAAGGGAAUUGCUUGUGGAGGGCGUCACAGUGCAGUGGUUACAGAUGCUGGGGCACUGCUAAUGUUCGGUUGGGGACUGUAUGGACAGUGUGGGAAAGGGUGUACGGAUGAUGAGUUAAGUCCAACGUGUGUAUCCUCAUUACUCGGUAUCCGGAUAGAGAGUGUUGCCGCUGGACUGUGGCACACAGUCUGCAUAUCUGCUGACGGUGRCGUAUACUCAUUUGGCGGAAAUCAAUUUGGGCAGUUAGGAACAGGUGCUGAUCAAGCUGAGACUCUUCCUAGACUUCUAGAUGCACCGAGUGUGGAAAAUGUAAAUGCAAAGGUUGUAUCGUGUGGGGCUCGUCAUAGUGCUAUAGUAACAGAGGAUGGUAAAGUGUUCUGCUGGGGUUGGAACAAGUAUGGCCAGCUAGGUCUGGGCGACGUAAUUGACCGAAAUAUUCCCGUCGAAGUCACGAUGGAAAAUUGCACUGCUAAAAACGUUGCCUGUGGAUGGUGGCACACCCUUCUUUUGGCCGAAUCGCCCAGUUGAAUUUCGAGCCUCAGCUUCAACAAAGUUUUGUUAGUUAGCCACCCCUUCUUUGAAAACGGUAGAUUCAAUUGUAAAUGCCAUAGACAAUAGCUUUCAUCCAUAUAUGCAUGUACAUUCAUGUAUGUACUCAAUUCUUUAAUGAUCAGAGGCUGUUAGGAAGAAAUCCUAUAAAAAUAGUGAUGGGACAGGAGAUACCAGUUCCUGAUUGAGGUAGAUUAUUUUUAUACAAUGUAUUAUAUAAGUUAAAACUAGAAGAAAAACAACCAUCAUUGUCCACUUUGUGUAGAACUGAAGUGUUUUAGGCUUAUAAAUGGUGUACUCAGUUCAAAAGUGAUGAAUAUUCAAACAGGUGAGUUGAAGAAGUUUCAGCAUUAAUGAAAUGCCAAACCAGGUUUCUCUUCUGAA